AUGCCCAACUUCAGAACGCUCGAGAACCUGGCGGCCGAGAAUGAUAGCCCCGGCCCGGUCCCGCCCCCGCUCCCUUCCCAGUACCCGGCCGAGGACGGCGGACCCGCGCGGCGAUUGGCGCACGUCGCGGAGAAGUUCAGCAAGUUUUACAGUGACCUGGAGCACGAGAAGAACGCUCGGCGGGAGGUGGAGACCGGCCGGCGCAACGCGCUCUACGACCAGGUGCAGAAGCUCGAGCUCGACCUCGAAACCGAGAUUCGCCGGCGGCAGGAGUCCGACAGGCUCCUCCAGGAGAAGGUCGCCGCGGACCUGAAGGCCAUGGAGCAGGGCAUCGCGGCGCACGUGAGGGAGAUGCAGCAGGGGCUCAAGGCGUCCAUCGACGCCCUCACCCGGUCCUUCGCCGAGCUGCACCAGGGGUUGCGCGAGGAGCGGGAGCAGCGCCGGGUGGACGUGGAGCACCUGGCGCAGAGCGUCGUCGCCAAGGUGGACGAGUGCCAAACCGGCAUCGACGACGAGCGAGUGGAACGAUUGGAACGGGAAGCCAACACGCUGAAGCGAGUCGGAGAGGACAUCUUCAGGCUCCAGGAGAAGGUGGACGCCGAGCGGGUGACGCGGGAGACUGGGGUUAACGCGUUGAGAACGCAACUGGACGACGUCGUUCGCAGGGCGGACACCCACGACGAUAAGUUCCAGACCAUCGUGCUCACGGAGAUUGCGUCACUCAAGUCGGCGCUCAACGCGGAGAAGGAGGAACGCGUCGCGGAAGACGAGCAGAUCGUGCACGCCAUCAACGACUACACCAGGGCGCUGCAGGACGGUCUGCGGAUCGUGAACCAGAGCUGA